AUGUUUGACAUCGACUGGAGGGGCCUACUGCUCCCCUUUGCCUACGUGAUCGUGCUCGGCGGCACCUUCAUGACCUUUUCCACAAUCUACCGAAAGAGGAAAGCUGCCCAAAGCGCCAAUCUGGCCCCGUGGUUUCCUCCGCACUUACAACGAAACGUCUACCUCUCGCUCCUCCAUCUCGAACCAGAAGAGGGCAAGGAGAAGUCUCCUAAGAUCCCCGACAGUGUUCUGCGUGCUGCACUCCUGCGCCGCGCCGUUGAGGACAUCCACCGCAUUAUCCAGAUCCGGACCGCCAAGGCCGCAUGUUCUUCUCUGCUCCAACGAGGUAGUGUUGGCGAUGAUCUAUGGCAGCGUUUCCAGCGCGCCGAGAAGGAGAUGGAGGAGGAGCUCAGAGAUGUCGUAAUGGAGGCCAAUGCGCUCGCUCCAAACUGGGGCCAGACCAUCUUCCAGUCCGCGAACGAGAUUGCAGGAAACACGACUCUACGGAAGCGCCUUGACGAGAUUCAGGCGCAGGCCGCCACCGAGAAGGAGUGGUGGGAGAAGCGACGGGCCGCUAUCCAGUCCGACUUUAUGAAGGAGCUGGACGACGCCGAGAAGAAGCCUACCAGCGAAGAUGAUGCCGUGCUGGUAGAUCCCAGCACACCAUCUGGCACCCCAGCCGGCAGCAAGAAGAAGAGGGGCAAGAAAUAA